AUGGAAGCCGAUCAGGACCUUGAUAAGAAGAACCACGGCAGCUGGACACCCCUGAUGUACGCCUGCUACAUUGGACAUGACAACAUCGUCAAUCUGCUUCUGGACGCUGGCGUGGACGUGAACCUGAAGUCUGCAAAGGGCCAGACGCCGCUGAUCCUGGCCGCCAGCUGCGGGAACGAGAGCGUGGCGUACUUCCUGUUACAGCAGGGCGCAGACCUCACAGGGAAGGAUAGGCGGGGAUGGUCUGCGCUGUUCCACGCCACCAACGCCGGUCACCAGAACAUGGUGAAGUUCCUGCUGGAGGAGGGGGCAGACACAGAGUCACGCGAGCCAACGCUAGGUCUCACACCGCUGUGCCUGGCUGCGGGGGAGGGCCACGAGAUCAUCGUGCAGACCCUGCUGGACCACGGUGCGAACGUGAACGCACAGAGCUACAACGGAGACACGCCCCGCAUGCUGGCACUCAUCAACGGACACUCCAAGAUAGUGGGUCUGAUUGACACGUUCACGGCCCAGCCCGGCACCAGCCUCCGAGCCGCGCCCGGACUCGGCGGAGACAACGGGAACAACGACGGCGACCUCAGCUCCUCCGACGAGUUCAAGGGUCACCGGAAGCCGCCCCGCAGCCACCAUCGCAGCUCGCGCGCCCGCCGAACACCGAGCAUACGGGACGGGCCGGCGGAGUUCGCACGCAAGACUGGAAUCCCUGUCCAACCUCAACAGAAAGGAAAAUCAACCCAGCCUGCCCCCCCAUCCACCAAACCCGCUCAGAACCAGUCAGUACCAAACAGCCCCGGCGUGCCCAGUGGGUAUGUGACGUUUCAGGAUGAGUGGUCCGGUGAGAAGGAGGAGGAGGGGGAGAUAUGCUUCCGUGAUGUCAUCUCACCCAUCAACGUCAGCGAACACGAUCUGGACAGCUCGGGCGGACAGGGGGAGGUCCAGACAGGAGACCCAGGGAACACGUUGGAUGAGCAGUGUGCCUUCGCUCUGUCCAAUGCUCUCACCAUCAAGAGCAGCAGCAGCAGCAGUGGAGAUCUGGAGAAGGCUCUAGCACUGAACCAGGAGCAGCCAGCAGAGCAGCAGCCAUCAUGGCACCAGGUGUACCAGCCGGCUCAGGUGCCCCCCUCCAUGCCGGACCCCCCUCUGGAGGUGCUACCCCCCCUGCCUGCCAACAUCCUCACAACCAGCCCCCCUGCACAGGACUCUGAGGGCAGUACAGAGGUGUACCAGCCUCCUAAGGACCUUCUGGAGCUGCUGAACAACAUCCAGUGUGCCAAGUACCACCCUGUGUUUGAGGAUCAGGACAUAGACCUACACGUGUUUCUCACACUCACUGAUAAUGACCUAAAGGAGAUUGGGAUCAAGCUGAUGGGGCCGCGGCGAAAGAUGACGUCAGCGAUCGCCCGUUACCACAGCCAUGCCCGGUUACACAUGACGGGACCGGAGCACGCCUACGCAGACAAGCUGGAGUCCGAGAUGCAGGAGAUGGCCAUGCAGCUGCACAGGGUGUAUGCGCAGGCAGAACAGCUGAAGGAGCAGGUGCUACAGGAACGAGAGCUGAGGGGCGUGGUCGAGGGCUGCCUCAUGGAGGACAAGGCUGCCUGGCAUCGCGUCAGACAGGUUGCCACGGAGACUCGUGAGCUGUGUAGCGACGUGCGACUGCUGGUUCACCAGGUCAGGAUGUGUCAGGACGAGUUCUCCAGAAAACUUCUGCCAGAGGCCGACAGUGCCCAGCCUCCUGAUGAUCGGUACAUCCACCCCAGUCCUGCAGGAACAGGACAGCCUGCUAACAACGACAACAGGUUCCCGGAAGAUGCCCCCUCCCCAGAAGACGGUGACCCGGGCGCCGACCCUGCCCCGCUGUUGCCGCGGGUUACGCUGAUCUCGAGCGGCCAGCUGCGGGAGAUGGGGGCCGCGGAGCUGCAGAAGACCAUGUCAGAGUUCAUGGGUCAAAUGGACGUGAUCGUGGGGAGGGCCAUGGGGGGCAUGGAGCAGCUGCUGGGACCACACCAGCUGUCAGGGUCACCCGGGUCAUCAGGGUCAUCCAAGUCUGGGUGACC